AGCGGUGGCCAUUGGGCCGCCGCCGGGUUUGGCGCUCUGUUGUCCGGAGCCGAAGAGGAGCGAGGAAGAGGAAGGAAGGAAGGGAGCCAAGUGGGGAAGCCGUGCGGCGGUGCCGCCACCGAGGUCUCAUCUGCUGCUGUACAAAGCUGGGAAAGAUUACCCCACCCUCAGGUGCAGUAAUCCUAGUCUCUAUGAUACAAGCCAGGAUAAUCAUGGGUCAAACCGGAAAGAGAUCUGAGAAGGGACCAAUUUGCUGGAGGAAACGUGUAAAAUCAGAAUAUAUGAGACUGAGGCAGCUCAAGAGGUUCAGACGAGCAGAUGAAGUAAAGAGUAUGUUUAAUUCUAACCGUCAGAAGAUACAAGAAAGAACAGAAAUCUUAAAUCAAGAGUGGAAACAACGCCGGAUACAACCUGUACACAUCAUGACUUCUGUGAGCUCAUUGCGUGGGACCAGGGAGUGUUCUGUCACCAGUGACUUAGAUUUUCCAAAGCAAGUAAUCCCACUCAAGACACUAAAUGCUGUUGCUUCUGUACCCAUAAUGUAUUCCUGGUCUCCUCUUCAGCAGAAUUUUAUGGUAGAGGAUGAGACUGUUUUACAUAACAUUCCCUACAUGGGAGAUGAAGUACUUGACCAGGAUGGGACAUUUAUUGAAGAACUUAUCAAAAACUAUGAUGGAAAGGUGCAUGGUGAUAGAGAAUGUGGGUUCAUCAAUGAUGAAAUAUUUGUGGAGCUUGUCAAUGCUCUUGGUCAGUACAGUGAUGAUGAUGAAGAUGACGAAGAUGAUGAUGAAGAUGACGAAGAUGAUGAAGAUGAUGAUGACCUUGAUGAAAAGCAGAAAAAUCGGGAGAGCAACCGAAUAGACAAAGAGAGCCACCCUCCUCGGAAAUUUCCUUCUGACAAGAUAUUUGAAGCCAUUUCCUCAAUGUUUCCAGAUAAGGGUACAGCAGAGGAACUGAAAGAAAAAUACAAAGAACUUACAGAACAGCAGCUUCCAGGAGCUCUUCCUCCUGAGUGCACACCAAACAUUGAUGGACCAAAUGCCAAAUCUGUUCAGAGAGAGCAGAGUCUGCACUCAUUUCAUACUCUCUUCUGCAGACGAUGUUUCAAAUAUGAUUGCUUCUUACACCCGUUUCAUGCAACGCCUAAUACUUACAAAAGGAAAAAUACUGAAACUGCAAUAGAUAAUAAACCUUGUGGACCACACUGUUAUCAGCAUCUGGAAGGAGCCAAAGAAUUUGCAGCUGCUUUAACAGCUGAGCGCAUAAAAACACCACCAAAACGCCCAGGGGGUCGUCGAAGAGGAAGACUCCCAAAUAACACUAGCAGACCCAGCACUCCAACUAUAAACGUGCUGGAAUCCAAGGAUACAGACAGUGACAGAGAAGCUGGAACUGAAACUGGAGGUGAAAAUAAUGACAAAGAAGAGGAGGAGAAGAAAGAUGAGACUUCAAGCUCCUCCGAAGCAAAUUCUAGAUGCCAGACACCAAUCAAGAUGAAACCAAAUACUGAGCCUCCUGAGAAUGUUGAGUGGAGUGGUGCAGAAGCAUCCAUGUUCAGAGUUCUUAUUGGUACCUACUAUGACAAUUUCUGUGCAAUUGCCAGAUUAAUCGGGACCAAAACAUGUAGGCAGGUGUAUGAGUUUAGAGUAAAGGAAUCCAGUAUUAUUGCUCCUGUACCUGCUGAAGAUGUUGAUACUCCUCCAAGAAAGAAGAAAAGGAAACACAGGUUGUGGGCUGCUCAUUGCAGGAAGAUACAGCUAAAGAAGGAUGGGUCAUCCAAUCAUGUUUACAAUUACCAGCCAUGUGAUCAUCCACGUCAGCCUUGUGACAGCUCGUGUCCUUGCGUCAUUGCUCAGAACUUUUGUGAGAAAUUUUGUCAGUGCAGUUCAGAAUGCCAAAACAGGUUUCCUGGAUGCCGAUGCAAAGCACAAUGCAACACAAAGCAGUGCCCUUGUUACCUGGCUGUACGAGAAUGUGAUCCAGAUCUCUGUUUAACUUGUGGAGCAGCUGACCACUGGGAUAGCAAAAAUGUGUCUUGCAAGAAUUGCAGCAUUCAGCGAGGAUCAAAAAAGCAUUUGCUACUAGCACCUUCUGAUGUGGCAGGCUGGGGGAUUUUCAUUAAGGAUCCAGUGCAGAAAAAUGAAUUCAUCUCUGAAUAUUGUGGUGAGAUUAUUUCUCAGGAUGAAGCAGAUAGAAGAGGAAAAGUUUAUGACAAAUACAUGUGCAGCUUUCUGUUUAAUUUGAAUAAUGAUUUUGUGGUUGAUGCAACACGGAAAGGUAACAAAAUAAGAUUUGCAAACCAUUCAGUCAAUCCCAACUGCUAUGCAAAAGUCAUGAUGGUUAAUGGAGAUCACAGAAUAGGCAUAUUUGCUAAGAGAGCCAUUCAGACUGGUGAAGAACUGUUUUUUGAUUACAGAUACAGUCAGGCUGAUGCCCUCAAGUAUGUAGGCAUUGAACGAGAAAUGGAAAUCCCUUGAUACCAGCUACCUCUUACAGAACAGCUGCCUUAUCUUCAGGAGCUUCAAGUACUGUGGGCAAUUUUUUUUGAAGACUGAUUUGAUGCAAUUUGGAGUGCAGAAAUUGCAAUGUACUGUAACUGUAAUUUAUAGUGAGAAAUUUUUAACAAAUUUAUUGCCUUCUCACCAGCUGCAAUACUUUUUGUACCAUUGAAGUUUUGCAAUAAUGCAGUGUGGUACAUUUUUGAAUCUUGAAUAAUAAAGGAUACUUGAACUUUGAA